UGCGACAACUCUGUUAUCUAUGGCCGGUCACACGGUGCCGAGCAUUCCAACGGAAAUUCGCUCGCGGCGGCAAUCCGUUCGAGGAACAACUGUCGACGUAGGCCGCGAGGACGACGAAAACGGCAAAAGCGCGAAAACUCUGCUAUCUACGGACGGUCACAUGGUGCCCAGCAUUCCAACGGGAAUUCGCUCGCGGCGGCAAUCCGUUCGCGGAACAACUGUCGACGUAGGCCGCGAGGACGACGAAAACGGCAAUAGCGCGAAAACUCUGCUAUCUACGGACGGUCACAUGGUGCCCAGCAUUCCAACGGGAAUUCGCUCGCGGCGGCAAUCCGUUGAUGCAAAGACCACCAAUAACACCAAACAGGUCGACGGCGUAGGCCGCGAGGCCGACGAAAACGAUAGCAGUGCGACUCCACAGCCAUCCACGGACGGUCGCACAGUGCCAAACAAUCCAAAGGGAAUUUGUUCGCGGCGGAAAUCCGUCCGCGGAAAACCCUGUGACGACGGCAGCGAGGGCGACAAAAACGACAAAAGUGCGACAACUCUGUUAUCUACGGCCCGUCACACGGUGCCCAGCAUUCCAACGGGAAUUUGUUCGCGGCGGCAAUCCGUCCGCGGAAAAACCUGUGACGUCGGCCGCGAGGGCGACAAAAACGGCAAAAGUGCGACAACUCUGCUAUCCACGGCCGGUCACACGGUGCCCAGCAUUCCAACGGGAAUUCGCUCGCGGCGGCAAUCCGUUCGCGGAACAACUGUCGACGUAGGCCGCGAGGACGACGAAAACGGCAAUAGCGCGAAAACUCUGCUAUCUACAGACGGUCACAUGGUGCCCAGCAUUCCAACGGGAAUUCGCUCGCGGCGGCAAUCCGUUCGCGGAACAACUGUUGACGUAGGCCGCGAGGAUGACGAAAACGGAAAAAGUCCGACAUCUCAGUUAUUCACGGCCAAAAAAUCGCACAUGGUGCCCAGCAUUCCAACGAAAAUUCAUAAGCGUCAGCAAUCAGUUGGCAAAUGGAACGAGAAUAACGCAGAACAUCUUAUUGGAGGUCGUGAGGAUAUCAAACAUGAAUACAAUAAAACAACAUCCCAGUUCUGUUCCGUCGGCCAUAUGGUGUCCAGUCCAACAAAGUUGAAAACUGCUACUAACGAGUCAGAAAGUUUCGUUACACCAUCGGCAAUUCGGGUGCAAACCGUUCGUCGUAAAACCGAGGACAGCAAGAAACGGGUCGUUGGAGGUUGUGAGAACAGCAGUGUGACAAUAUCUCAGCCAUCUUCUUCCGGCCAUCCAGUGUCCAGCUCUAUAAAGAUGAAGCCCAUCCGCGGGAAAGCGAGAACUAAGACGGACCAGGUCCAGACCAGCAAAACCGAAUUCAGGACAACAUCCGAAUACGAAUUCCCAUCCAUGCACUCCAAGCUCGAAGGCAGUUUCUGGCAACCUAAGGGCAAGCCCAUCAACAUCAAAGGAAGGUCUUCGAUUCCUCAAAUCAAUGAUAGAACAGCGAGCUCUGAAGAGCAUGGCAAUGAAUCCGUCGUUACACCGCCGAAAAAUGCUAUUCCUAAUAUGCCAACUACGCUACAAAGUGCAAGAGCAGGAGCAGGAGCGGACUUCCUUGGUUUGCCUCUUGUCGAGGCUUCCUCAAGCGUUUCGUGUAAGUUGGAGGUGCGUUCUGUGGUUGGAAUGUUGACUAAUUACGAGAAAGGCAGAAUUACUUAGGGUUUUUAUAUAGAGUUAAAUAAUUACACAUUCACAUUCUUUGAUGAAACAAUUCAUCUAACAACCAACUAUCACUGGAACUAAUGCAUUUGAGAUUGAAUACCAAAUACUCUAUAUCUAUCAAUAUAGCCCAAUACCGAAAACAAAAUACAAAAACGAUCAAACCUUUUUCGUUAACUUCACAUUAUAAUUAUUGAAAUCUUUCUGUGAUAUAUUAUUUAAAUUUUAUAAAAAAACAAAAAAAGUAGAACAAUUUAAAAGAAAAUGUAUAUAUUCAUUGACGAAUUCAAAAGGUAAAAUGUGAUAUAAGAUAUACGAAAUAUUGCCCGUAAUGUUAUCUUCAACAUAUUGACAAUAUAGUAACUACUGAAAAUAAGGCAAAAUAAGCACAGUAAACAUUAAAAGACGAUGAACUAUAAAAUAAUCGCUAAUUAUUAUUUUUAAAUAUUCAAAGCGACUUUCUAUCAGAUUGUCCCAAUGCUUACAAUAAGGUCUAGCUCGCUGUAACACUACCAUUAUGGUACCUCGUCAUUCACAAUUGGCGCCAGACUCAGUGGUCUAACAACUCUUGCGCGCUAAUGGCAUAGUUCCCCUGCCGCUUAAAGAGUUGCCACACAUGAUGUUCAGGUCAGCCGAGGUCAGUAAUCUGACUGGUGAAGCACGAGAGUUAAGCUAUGACCAAAGUAUACGCAUUAUGUUAACAAAUCUUUUAGAUUCGGUUGAUUUGAAUAUUUGAGGUAAUUGUAAUGCGAUCUUAGCGUUUGAACAUCAAUGUAUUCGUUGCUUAUUAUGUCUUAUAGCGUCAAGAACAAGCUCUAAAUACAAUUUUCGUUAAAUCUAUAGUUUAUUGUGCCAGUGCAUAAAUAAUAUGGGAGCAUUUUUUGGUAUCCUUUAUCAAUAACGCGUUUAAACCAGAUUGAUUAAGUUCAAAAUCAAUUAUUAUUAUAUGCACCACAAAGGUUCGGUUGGAUCAAUUCACCUAUAUUAUCAUAUGACCCUCGCUUUUUAUUAUACGAAUAUUAACAUUAAAUAACUUUUCAAGGACACUAUUUGUUAAUCAUUUAUCAACAAAUAAAAUCUAUUCCAUAGAACUGUUAAAAAACAUUUUUUUUACGAUCUGUCAUGGAAGCUACGUCAACGUAAAAUAUUUUCAACAAAAUACCAAAUUUAGAUAAAAAUACUAAUUUUGUAAUUGUCAGAUUAUCGACGAGAAACUUCUAGAUUUAUAAUAAAACGUGUAAAAAAAUCAUGAAAUCUAAGCUUCUUGUAUUUUGAACAUCCGAAAAUUCCCAUAAACGUCAAGUUCUUAUACACCAGUACAUU